CUCUCCGCUCCAUACAAUACAAUGGCGUCUGUGAACUCUGCAAGAAAAUGUGAUACUAAAAGUGAAGUGAUAGUGGUGGUGGUGCCCUUCGUGGCGCAGGGCCACAUGAAUUUGAUGGUCCAUUUGUCUCGACUCAUCGCGUCCUACAACUUACCGGUCUACUUCGUGGGUUUAAGCGUGGACAUCGCGGCCGUUAAGCGACGGAUCGAAGGGUGGACCCCAUCCGACUAUCCCACGCUGCGUUUCCACGACUUCCCCGAGCCUCCGGGGUACCUCUCCAACACCAAUCCCAGUGCGGAAGGCCAAUCCUACGUGGACUUCCAAGCCUCAGCCAUGAACGCCGCCGCGUACUUGCGCCGCCCCGUCGGAGACCUCCUCGAGGAGCUAUCGGCAAAGUGCGAGAGGCUGGUGGUCGUUAACGACGCCCUGAUGAUUAACGCCGUUAAGGACGUGGCGGCUUCCGCGGAAAACAUGGAGACCUAUAACUUCUAUGUGGGGUCCGCUUUCCACGACGCCUCGCUCGUGUGGGAGGUCUUGCGUAAAGCCCUUCACUUCCCGUCAUUUCUUUGGAAAUUCGUCGGGAAAUUUGUUCUCCCGGCCGGGGCCGUAAUCCCGGACCGGCUUCCAAUUCCGUCCACUUGUUUCCCGUCGGAGUUCUUUAAGUUCAUCGUGGAUCAACGCCAGAACCACCACGCCUUCUGCAAGGGCAGUAUUUAUGACUCGUGUAGAGCGAUAGAGGGUCCGUAUCUAGACCUCCUCGCAAUGGUCUAUAAGCUAGCGAGAAAAGGGCCUGUUUGGGGGAUUGGUCCGUUCAACCCAGUGGUUACUAAACAAAACACAAAGAGCGACGAGGAUUCUUCAUCACGCCACCCAUGCCUCAAAUGGCUAGACAAACAGCCCCCAAAGUCGGUCAUCUUCGUCUCGUUCGGCACCCAGACAAUUCUCUCCGACCCGCAACUCUACGAGCUAGCGGAAGGCCUAGAGCAAAGUGGUCAAAGGUUCAUUUGGGUGGUCAAAGAUCUGACCAAAGGAUACAAAAACACCCAGAUAAAGGCGCCGGCCGGGUUCGAACAGAGAAUUGAAGGGCGUGGGCUUAUUCUCCAAGACUGGGUACCCCAAUUAGAGAUAUUAGACCACGUUUCCACUGGCGGGUUCUUAACUCAUUGCGGGUGGAAUUCAGGCAUGGAGAGCAUGUGCAGGGGAGUCCCCCUAGCGACCUGGCCUAUCCAAUAUGACCAGCCUAGGAAUGCCAUUCUAAUCACAGAAGUCCUUAAAACCGGGAUUGCCAUCAAGGAUUGGGAGCGUAGGGAUGAAAUAAUAACGUCCACCACAAUCAGCAACGCUAUAAGAAGAUUGAUGGCGUCUCAGGAAGGAGAGGAUAUGAGGAAUAAGGCGGCACAAGUGGGGAAAGCCGUGAAGGAGUCUGUGAUGGAAGGUGGCAUUUCUCGCCUGGAGAUGGAUAAUUUCAUUGCCCAGAUUACUAGAUAAAUAACUUUUAAUUAUAUUGUUUGCUUUUGUUAUGGUUAUAGUGAGUAAGAACAAAUAAAAGUAGGAUGGUGUAUGUGCAUGCAUGCCGGCCUAGAAUUGUACUUCGCAUCUGUGUGUAGCAUAGAGCUAAGGGACGCUCAUCGCCACUACUCAAAGAUUUAUUUCUAUGUACUUAUGUUCAAUAUAAUGUUAUUGUGUUAAUUAAUUUACUCAUUUUAAAUGAAUGGUGUAUCUAAAGUAGGUGGAAUUUCAAUCAUAAAAAAUGAUUGGAAAUAUCCAUCUCGAAUCAAAUAUAGCACAGUUGAAAAUA